AUGUCCAAUGGCAGCUCUGUUACUGAGUUCCUCCUCCUGGCAUUCACAGACACACGGGAGCUGCAGCUCCUGACCUUCUGGCUCUUCCUGGGCAUCUACCUGGCUGCCCUCCUGGGAAACGGCCUCAUCAUCACCACCAUAGCCUGUGACCACCACCUCCACACCCCCAUGUACUUCUUCCUCCUCAACCUCUCCCUACUUGACCUUGGCUCCAUGUCCACUACUGUCCCCAAAUCCAUGGUCAAUUCCCUAUGGAACACCAGGGACAUUUCCUACUUAGGAUGUUCUGCACAGCUCUUUUUCUUUCUCUUCUUGAUUGUAGCAGAAUAUUUUCUGCUCACUGUCAUGGCCUACGACCGCUACGUUGCCAUCUGCAAACCCCUGCACUACGGGACCCUCCUGGGCAGCAGAGCUUGUGUCCACAUGGCAGCAGCUGCCUGGGCCAGUGGGUUUCUCAAUUCAUUGCUGCACACAGCCAGCACAUUUUCACUGCCCCUCUGCCACGGCAAUGCCCUGGACCAGUUCUUCUGUGAAAUCCCCCAGAUCCUCAAGCUCUCCUGCUCACACUCCUACCUCAGGGAACUUGGGCUUCUUGUAGUUAGUAUGUGUUUAGGAUUUGGUUGUUUUGUGGUCAUUGUUUCAUCUUAUGUGCAGAUCUUCAGGGCCGUGCUGAGGAUCCCCUCUGAGCAGGGACGGCACAAAGCCUUUUCCACGUGCCUCCCUCACCUGGCC